UGGCUGUGACAAGCGGAGCGAAGCUAACAGGACUCUUACUGUUUUACGAGACUCAUUAAAGAUUUAAAGCAUGACAGCGGAGUAAAAACAAUCAGUAGAUGUUUUUGUUAAGUUUUAAUUGUUCCCGCUUCUCUUCGGACUCCAACUGACGACAAUGAGCGACGGUUUAGUGGCGCCGGGAUGGCUAGCUAGCAAGCUAGCUAGCUAACGUUACUUGUAAUGUAACGUUGCGUUGAAUGUUUAAAGCUGAGUUAAUGGAAAUAACGUCUUAGAGGAGACGAAGUAGUAAAGAAACUGUCACAUAUAAUAAGGAGCUUUGAAACCCUGCGGGCAGUUUAACUGACAGAAAGGUGAACACCAUUAUGUGACAGUUAAUUACAGUAAACAAAGCGUUUUCCGUGUUAUGUAACAGGAUAAAUCUCCGCGGUUAGUGUUUAUCCUCCCGUGUCUUCAGCACCACCAUCAUGCCUUUCUUGUUCCUGGAGCGGUUCCCCUGGCCCAGUUUACGGACCUACACGGCGCUGAGUGUCGCCCUGCUGGCCGGGACCGUCCUGACCGUCUGCUCCUCCGACUCCCGCCCACAGUCCACCCCGGAGGAGACCCACAGCCACCCGCUGCACAGCUCCAGGAUCGGCCGCUACAUCCGGGUCGGUGGGCAGUACCUGAGUCCAGGGUAUGGAGAUGUGGCUGCAGAUGUCCUGCUGUACCUGCUGACUGACAGCGUCUUUGUUUGGGUGAUGGUGAACACCGCCUGCUGCGUCUUGCUGCUGAUUGCCAAACUCAUCCAGCGUGUUGUGUUCGGGCCGCUCCGUGUCAGUGAGAAACAGCAACUGAAGGACAAAUUCUGGAACUUCAUCUUCUACAAGUUCAUCUUCGUGUUCGGCGUCCUGAACGUCCAGACGGUGGAGGAGGUGGUGAUGUGGUGGCUCUGGUUCGCCGCCCUGGUUUUCCUCCAUCUCCUGGUUCAGCUCUGCAAGGACCGCUUUGAAUAUCUGUCCUUCUCUCCAGCCACUCCUCUGUCCAGCCAUGCGCGGGUGCUGCUGCUGCUGGUGCUGCUGCUGUUGUGCUGCGGCGGUCUGGCGACGCUCUGCAGCCGGCUGGCUCGCAGUCAGGGCCGCCACACCGCCGCCUUCAUGGCUGCUGAGUGCAUGUUGGCGACGGUCAGGACGACACACGUCAUGUUUCGGUACUCCAUUCACCUGUGGGACGUGAACCAGGUGGGCAGCUGGGAGAAUAAAUCCUCCUACGUUUACUACACCGACCUGCUGAUGGAGCUGCUCCUGCUGGGCCUCGACCUGCUGCAUCACAUCCACAUGCUGCUGUUCAGCAACAUCUGGUUGUCCAUGGCGAGUCUGGUCAUCUUCAUGCAGCUUCGCUUCCUCGUCCAGGAGGUUCAGAAGAGAAUCCGCCGCCACCACAACUACCUGCGAGUUCUCCGCAACAUGGAGACCCGGUUUUCCGUGGCGUCCGCAGACGAACUGGCCGCCAACAACGACGACUGUGCGAUCUGCUGGGACGUGAUGAGUACAGCUCGGAAGCUGCCCUGCGGUCACCUCUUCCACAGCUCGUGUCUGCGCUCCUGGCUCGAGCAGGACACAUCAUGUCCAACGUGUCGGAUGUCUCUGAACAUCGGAGACGGAGGUGAAGGUCGCGUGGAGAGGGAGAUCAGGGAGGCCGCGCCCGACAACGUGGCUCCCGGACCCGCAGCCGACGCUCGGCCGCACCUGAACCAGCUCAACCACUUCUUCCACUUUGAUGGUUCUCGUAUCGCCAGCUGGCUGCCCAGUUUCUCAGUGGAAGUUAUGGCCACAACCAACUUCCUGGGCAUCGCACCGACCAACCCGUCUCAGAUCAACACCAUGGCUCAGCAGAUCCAGGAGAUGUUUCCUCAGGUUCCCCUCCAGCUGAUCCUGCAGGACCUGGAGAUCACUCGAUCCCUGGAGGUCACCACCGACAACAUCCUGGAGGGACGAAUCCCGACCGCCGCCCCCCCACCGGCCACGGACCACCCGCUCAUACAGGUGACUCCUCCGCCCGAGGACGAGGGCGGAGCCAGCAGCGGGUCAGAGCAGGAGGAGGACGAUGAUGAGACGGAGGGCGUGGAGGACGAGGAAGAAGGUGAAGAUGAGGCGGAAGAAGAAAAUGAGGUGGUGGAGAAGCAGAUCGCUGCGGAGGACGGCGAGACGGACGAAGGCGGAGUGCAGAAGGUGGAGGUUCGGUUUUGUGCGUCAGUGGAGGAACGACAGAAGCAGCUGCUGCAGAGGAGGGAGGAGCUUCUGCUGCGAGCGCGCAGGGACUAUCUGACCAGGAAGUACAACCCAGGAAACCCAGACGCCUUGGAAAGCGACGCUCUGACCUCCGAUCCCGUGAACCUGCGACGAGAAAUGUUAGCAGCGGCGGCAGAACGGCGGCUGCAGAGACAGUCGGACUUUAGCCACUGAUGCUGACAUCCUGUCUGUGGCUGUGUUUUCAUACCAGAGUUAAUGAAACCACCGGCCCUGCUGGUCUUUGGGGUUUCCCCUGGCUGUUUACAGUAGAAACACCUCCACUGAAGCUAAAGCUAAAAAAAAUGGAUCCACUUUUAUUAAAUGACUUUUCGGGAACCUCCAGGAUAAAACAGUAAAGUCACAUAUUGAAGGAGUGAUGCUGUUCAGACCGUCGUCCAGUAACUACAUGAAACUGAAGACAGGAAGUGUCGGGAUCAGUCGCUCAGAUGGUGAUCGACUGAUUACACAUCACACACUCGCUUCACGGCAACUAAUCACAGCAGCAUGUUCCAGUGUUGUUAAAAUAGAAAGUAUUUGUUUUUACUCAUUGUGAGGACGAAAGUCCAGUUUUAAUGUCUGUAGCUUCAUGUAGCAUCGGGUCCAUCUGGUGGGAGGAGUUACAGGUGGUACUUCUCUAAAACAUCCCGUGGCUGAAUCCACAGGUAAUGUAGCAGCUGAACACGAGAAAUCAAGGUCUGUCAAAUCUGAGAUUAUUAGACAUUAUUAUUAAACAAAGAUUAUUAGACUGAAAUCUGUCUGUAACCAUGCCGUCGUCUCGAACGUUUGCUGAGUCGUCAACGUGAGAAUGUCUCCCUCUCUAACAACCGUCUCAUACGACGUGAACGCAACAUAUUUCAGUUCCUUUAAGAGCCGACUGAACACGACUCUGCAGCACAGAGUAAGAAACAAGUCAAGUACGGAAAUUUGACCCUCAGUGUUUCCUGUUUGAAAUAACGCGUGUAGGAGUAUUUAGCUAAUGGAAGCCAUGUUGGAAAGCAACAGUAAAGUAUUUCUUCAUUCUUCAUUUCUUUCUUCUUGUGGUAUUAAACAGUUUCUAAUGAUACAGGAAGUUGUGGAGUUUCAUUGUUUGUUUCAACAGCUGAUGCUGCAAUGCAUUCUGGUUUAUGUGUCUCUAAGUUGGAUUCAUCCAUUCAAGUGUUUAAAAGAGCGAUACACCGAUUAUUGUCGAAUAUUCAUGGUCCAUCAAUAUCUCCCUGAAGACAAUUUAAACUCCCUGCAGGCGUUUUUAUUUCUUCUUCAUGUUUUUCUUCAUGUUCCUGUAAGAGAAGUGUUCAGAUUGAUACAACAGUAAAUUAUUUGUGUCAUAACAUGUUUCACAGUAUUUAGCUGAUAGAGUUACUGUUCAGUUAUUGCACCAAUGUUCAUGUCGUUUUGUUUUUUAUUUUUUAAAUAUCUUCUACAUUGACAUUUCUUUAAUUUAUAUCUUGUCUCAUCAUAAUUGAAGAAAGUUGAAAAAUACACAGAAUACAGUUUAUACAUGUGUUAUUGGAAAUGUACAAUAUUCAGUAUCAGAAGUGUAGUGUGACUCCCUUCAUCUGCCAUCACAUCAGUUUGUUCUGUGGCUCAAACAGCAAUAAUAAUUUCCAUUUAACAGUUUUAAUGUUUAUUUACGGACAUGUCUGAUGAACAGUGUUAUUUCCUUUUAAUGUUUUCUGAUUUAAAAAUGCCUGAUGUGUAGAAUUUAAGCCUGAAUGAGUCGUGUUAGUUUUUACUUUUCUUCUCAGGCAGUUAAUUUUUUUUUAAUUCUGUUGUGUCUAUGCUGCGUUGCUAGGAUACCUCUGCAUGAAGAGUCAAGUCUGGUCUCAAGUAUCUGUUCAUACUGGUUUGACUGGUUUUGUCUUUUUGCACGUUGGCACCUUCACACAGAGAUUCAGCUCCGUUAGUUUGUUCUUCCUCAUCUGGACUCUUGUUCUUGUUUACAGACUGUGUAAAUACUUUUACAUCUGACAUUUUAGAUUUACAGAUUAUUUGACUGAAAUUUUGUACAGAGAUGUAAAAGUAUAAAGAUUGUUUUUGUAAAUAAAGAUGAUAAUGCUGUCAUGCAAUUUGAGUUUAGGAGCUUGUACCAAUAAAUUUAUGAUCAGAGA